CUCUCUUACUCACUCUCCCCUCUCAAUUUGCCAUCCUGCAACCCCCUUAUUCUUGUAACGCAGGCCGUGUCGUCUCUUCAUUACGUUUUGUAUUUGAUGCCUAAAUGAAAUCCUCAGCAGCUCUAGCAAACGCUGCACGCAACGCGUGCGUGGUGGCGGGCCUGGCGUUCUGCUGCCUGCUGUGGGUCGACAUGCGUAUCACCUUCAUGGUGCUGAGGCUGCGGUGGAAGUGGGAGGCCGUGGGCCCCCACACGAGCCUCCUGGGUAAGAUGCGGGGUCGCCUGGCCGAGACCUCGUGGCUAGGGGCCCUGCGCCCGGCGCCUCCACGGGACCCACUCGCCGAGUGCGGCCUGCUGCCACUCGGCAGCCCCGGCGCCGGCGGGCUGCGGGAGGCCCUGCGGCUCGCGGUCCACGCAAAAGGGAGUCUGGACUGUUUGCAGCGGCAGAUAGGGCUGGCCCUCGACGAGCACGAGGAGCUGGCCGGCCGACUCCAGGUGGUUGCGAGUUGGGGCCUAGUCCUUAUCCUGCUGGUCCUCCUGGCGGCGUGCAGCUUCCUGAUGCGGAAGAGUAGGACGCGGCACUGCCUGUCGGAGGAGGACGUAAUACUCCCUGCCUCAGGGGAGUCUGUGGCCUUGCAGGAGGAACCCCCUGUACGGACCCGGUCACCUGAGACGCAGCAACCGGGAGAAGUUGCACUCUAGAGGGUACAGUUGUGUGGCAGGGGAGGAUGGUGGUUUACGAGGGGAGCGAUAUGUUGAGGCUUCGAGUUCUUGAGAUGUUAAGAGGCGUCCCUCCCAAACGGUGCUCCUAAGGUAGUGGUUGAGCCAGUGCCCGAGCCAGUGCCUGAGCCAGUGCCUGAGCCAGUGCCUGAGCCAGUGCUUGAGCCAGUGCCUGAGCCAGUGCUUGAGCCAGUGCUUGAGCCAGUGCCUGAGCCAGUGCUUGAGCCAGUGCCUGAGCCAGUGCCUGAGCCAGUGCUUGAGCCAGUGCCUGAGCCAGUGCUUGAGCCAGUGCCCGAGCCAGUGCCCGAGCCAUUGCCUAAGGCUGAGCUUGCGGCCAUGCAGGAGGCGUUCCCUGCUCAGGCCCGGUCAACCAAGUCGGGGCAACCGGAAAGGGAGGCUUGGGAAGUCUGCUACCACCGCCCGCCGCCAUGGAGAUACACGCUGCACCUACCGCCCCAGUUUGCGCGGCGCCUGCUGGGCUACGAGCUGGUUAUCAUGUGGGAGCAGUUCGACGUGCAGCUGAGGCACGACCAGAACAGGAAGCUGCUCCAUGUCAUCGGCCCUAACCCCGACGUCACGGCAGCGUACCGCGCCAUUCAGAAGAUGUUGGCCAGGUGGAGGCAGCAGGCCCAGGGUCGUUAGCAGUCUUCAGCAGCACCGAGGCAUCAGGUACCGAGGCCGCCAACUACCGAAGAUUACUCUCCGAUGAUCUCACGAACACUCGGUAAUAGGCCACCACGUAUCGAGGACGCUUAGGGGUUCUAUGUAUCACUUGGACUUCUGUGUGCCACCGAAAGCUGUCUUUCCCGCCUCCCCAAGGCGUCCCCUCACACGCCGGCAACAGUCAUCACGUAUCAAAGACACUUGGGGAACUAUGCACCACUUGGACUUCCGUGUUCCACCGGAAGCUGUCUCUCCCGUCGCCCCAAGGCUCCCCUCACACGCCGGCACCAGGCAUCAUGUAUCGAAGACACUUGGGGAACUGUGCACCACUUGGACUUCCGUGUUUCAUCGGAAGCUGUCUUUUCCGACACCCCAAGGCAUCCCAUGAUUAUCUUUUCUUACUCCUGAUAUCAACAGAACAAUAUAUCAGUAUAUGUGGU